AUGUCGUGCUACCUCCAGCAGUGCCUGACCCCGCUCUACCAGGCACCCACCCCCAUCAAGCGCCCGCCGAUGUAUGGUGCCAAGUGCUCGCCAGCGCCCACCUGGCACUCAACGCUCUGCAUCCCACAGUGUGCCACCUCCUGCGUCCCCCCGCAGCGGGCGAUGUCCUCCAGCUUCUCUGAACACCAGUGUGUGACCCAGUGCGUGCCACCACGGCAGUGUGUGACCCAGUACGUGCCACCACGGCAGUGUGUGACUCAGUACGUGCCACCACGGCAGUGCGUGACCCAGCGCAUCCUCCAGCAGCCGUGUGUGCCUCGGUAUGUGACAACCUGUGUGCCACAGCAGCAGUGUGCCACCAAAGGUGUCCCACAGCAGCCUUGUGUGACCAAGUGCAUGCCACAGCAGCAGUGCGGGAGCAAGGGCAUGGCCACCUACGCUCCCCAGCAGCAAUGUGCCACCAAGUGCAUCCCCCAGCAGCAAUGUGCCACCAAGUGCAUCCCGCAGCAGCAAUGUGCCACCAAGUGCAUCCCCCAGCAGCAAUGUGCCACCAAGUGCAUCUCGCAGCAGCGAUACGUGACCAAGUGCAUGCCACAGCAGCCGUACCAGACCAAGGGCAUCCCGCAGCAGCAGGGUGCCACCAAGUGCGUCCCGCAGCAGUGUGUGACCACCUAUGCCCCGCAGAAGCAAGGUGCCACCAGGUGCGUGACCACGUGCGUCCCGCAGCAGCGUGCCACCAAGGGCGUCUCGCACCGGUUUGUGACCUCCUGUGCCCCGCAGCAGUGUGCCACCGCGCAUGGCCAGCAGCAAACGGCAACCAGGUGUGUGACCAAGUGCGUGCCUCAGCAGUGCGCCACCAAGGGUGCCACCAUCUGCGUCCCACAGCAGUGUGACACAACUUCCGUCCCACAGCGGUGUGUGACCAAGUGUGUGCCACAGCAGCAGUGUGUGACCAAGUGCGUCCCACAGCAGUGUGUGACCAAGGGUGUUUCACAGCAAUGUGCCACCAAGGGUGUCCCACAGCAAUGUGCCACCAAGAGUGUGCCGCAGCAGUGUGCCACCAAAUGUGUCCCACAGCAGCAGUGUGCCCCCAAAUGCGUCCCACAGCAGCAAUGUGCCCCCAAGUGUGUCCCACAGCAGUGCGAGUCAGGUGGAGUAAAAAUUUCGAGUCACUCUAAGAAGUACUGCUCUGCCACCAAAUGGCCCUGGUAA